UUGAAUGUUGUGCUAACUGUUCAUCCGUGUUUCAUACUAACGACAGGCAAGUUUCUGGUCAGUCUAGAAGCUACAAUAACCAGGUGAAGUCGAACUAAUGAAGAUGAGAAGUUCGAAUUCACUCAGUGCCCAACAACUGAUCUUCAUCGUCGGAAUGUUUUCUCUGACAGCAACCAAGGCGUUGGCCGCCUGUACAGGACAAGGAACGUAUGAGGUCACGUUUAUGGGCCUAUGGACAGCGUCUAGUCAUCCUACAGAUUAUCCGUCUGAUCCACAUUGGUCUGGUCUGGUAGGAGGGAGUCACAACAGCAAAUAUCAAAUGUGGGCUCCUGGAGGUACAUCUACACCUGGAAUGAAGAGUAUGGCGGAAAUUGGAGGACAAUCAACUUUGCGUAGAGAAAUGGGAGCUCAAGGAAGUAAUGUUCUGGACACUGAGGCUUUGUCUAGUAUAUAUCCUGGUACUGGCACUCGUAAAGGAAGUCUAGAUGUUGAUGGCAGCCAUUCACUUGUUUCUCUUGUCAGUAUGGUCGCUCCCAGUCCUGACUGGUUUGUAGGCGUUCAUGAUCUUGAUCUGUGUAAUGGAACGACGUGGACACAGUCGGUGACUGUUGACUUGUUUCCUUACGAUGCAGGAACUGACAGUGGACUGAAAUUCAACUCGGUCGACUCGAUAACAAACCCCCAAGAGCCAAUCCACCUUCUGACUGCAACAAAUCCAAAUAAUAGCCAAAGCUCAUUUUUUGGUGGUGUAAAUCUUGUCAAAAGGUUUGCCUCUCUUGAGCUAUCUCUGCAAUCAGUGUCAACAGUGCCACCUCCUAGAGCAUCACAACAACCUCUCACUUCCUGUCCAGGUAAUAAAACAUACAAUGUCAAUUUCACAACAAUGUGGACAGCAGCAAGCCACCCCAAAGACUAUCCUGCUGGUGAUGCUCAUUGGUCUGGACUGGUCGGUGGAAGUCAUAACAGUGAGUAUAGGAUGUGGACAAGAGGUGGAAUAUCAACACCAGGAAUGGAAAGGAUGGCCGAGUUCGGACAACAGACUACUUUGUUGGAUGAGAUGAAGAAAGAGGGAAACAGAGUGCUUCAGACAAUAGCUCUUAGUGGCAUUGGGUCUGGUUCUGGAUAUCGAAGUGGAAACUUACUUGUUGAUAGUGACCAUUCAUAUGUGUCAUUAGUCAGUAUGAUUGCUCCUAGUCCUGACUGGUUUGUUGGAAUCCAUGAUGUAGAUCUAUGUGACAGAUCUACAUUCAAAUGGAGAGAGACUGUAAUUGUGAAAUUACUACCAUAUGAUGCUGGCACUGAUACUGGACUAAAAUUUAGAUCUGCUAAUGAUGACACUCAGCCUAAAGCUCAAAUCCAUCUUCUGACAGGAACGAUGCCUAAUAACUCUGACAGCUCAUUCUAUGGAUACGAUCCUGUGCCACCGAUGGCAACCAUGACCAUAACAUUAGGAGCUGGUGAAUCAUCUGGAAACAAUCGUGUGGCUGGAGAAAUGAUUAUAAUAAUAAGUAUUAUGUCUGUGCUUGUUCUGUCAAUGUACCCAGAGCGAUAUAGAAGCCACUGGCCUCGCGUACCCAAACUCCAGUGUUUGAUAUCAAUCGAGACUGCACGUGAUGAUGUUGUGGAAGGAGUGUGGGAGAGAGUCCGGCGAACAGGAUUGAUGAUGAUGUUGAUCAUUGUGUUGCUCAUCACCUCUCUAACUGCCGUUUAUGGAGCUUGUACAGGACAAGCGACAUAUGCCGUCACUUUCCAGACUGUCUGGACGGCGUCUAGUCAUCCUAAAGAUUAUCCGUCUAGUGCACAUUGGUCUGGUCUGGUAGGAGGGAGUCACAACAGUAAAUAUCAAAUGUGGGUUGCUGGAGGUAAAUCUACACUUGGAAUGAAGAAUAUGGCGGAAUUUGGAGGACAAUCAACUUUGCUUAGUGAAAUGAGAGCUCAAGGAAGUAAUGUUCUGGACACUGAGGCUUUGUCUAGUAUAUAUCCUGGUACUGGCACUCGUAAAGGGAGUCUAGAUGUUGAUGGCAGCCAUUCACUUGUUUCUCUUGUCAGUAUGGUCGCUCCCAGUCCUGACUGGUUUGUAGGCGUUCAUGAUCUUGAUCUGUGUAAUGGAACGACGUGGACACAGUCGAUGACUGUUGACUUGUUUCCUUAUGAUGCAGGAACUGACAGUGGACUGAAAUUCGCAUCGGCCAACUCUGCAACAAGCCCCCAGGAGUCGAUCUAUCGUCUGACAGGAACAAAUCCAAACAAUGCUCAAAGCUCAUUCUAUGGAUAUAAUCCAGUACCGAGAAUGGCAACUCUAGGAUUUGUUCGUACUUCGCUGACAACACCAACACAGCAACUGACAACACAACAGACAAAAUCACAACUGACAGCAACAACACAACAGAAAUUGUUAACAAAUACCACCCAACUGACAACAGUGACAACGAUUGAGAGAAGAACACCAAACACUACAGCAGCCACAACAGUGUCUACAGUAACUACACAGCAAACAGGAACAACGAUACAAACAGCAACGACACAGACACCAGAAACACAGACACCAGAAACACAGACACCAGAAACACAAACGCCAUCAACAGCAUCACCACCAACCACACAAUUGCUGCCAGGAAAAUGCUUCGACAGUCCACCCUACAGUGUCCUGUUCAAAACCUCGUGGACACGCAGCAGUUAUCCAAAAGACUUCCCUGCAUCUGCACAUUGGUCAGGAUUAGUAGGAGCAAGUCACAAUGCUGAUUACACAAUGUGGAAUCCAGGAAACAUAUCGUCACUAGGAAUAGAGCGAAUGGCUGAGUUUGGACUAUCGCUUGCUCUAGAAGAUGAAAUAAAGAGAGAGCAACGUGAUGGCAAUGUUCUUGCUCUGAUCUCUCUGGAUGGUAUCGAGUUUGGUGUUGGAUAUCAGAGUGGAAACUUACGUGUUGACGGUAACCAUUCAUUAGUGUCUGUAGUCAGUAAGAUUAGUCCUAGUCCGGACUGGUUUGUUGGAAUUCAUGGUGUCGACCUGUGCGACACAAAAAUAUCUCAAUGGAAAGAGACAGUCAGUUUGGAUCUAUACCCUUAUGAUGCGGGCACAGACAGUGGACUGAAGUUCAUAUCUCCCAAUAGCAACACAGAUCCAGCUGAGCCGAUCUAUCGUUUGACAGGAACAAUGCCCAACAACAAUCAAAGCUCCUUUUAUGGUUACAAGACAUUGAAACCAAUGGCUACGGUGACAUUAACGUUAGGAGCUCAAGACCCAUCAGGCAGUAACUGUUUAAAGGCAGGAAUCAUAACCGUUCUAAUGAUGUGGACGUUGCUGCUUGUGAUAUAUCUUGAUUGCCCUCAUGCCAGAGAAAUGAAGGUGGAACAUGAGGAUUGUAAACGAGUGUCUGUCAAUGAGGCGAUGGUGACCGCGUUACAUGAGGGAGAUGCCGAAGGGUUAGAUUUCUACUCACUGGGUGACAGCAACAUCAGUACAUCAUUGUUGAGCGGCAUGCAGCACGUGAUUCACGAUGAUAAAGCCGUUCGUGUUUGUGUGGGAAGUUUCAUGAGAAUGAGUGGAAGUUCUAGAACAGGAUUGAUGGUGAUGUUAGUCAUUGUGUUGCUCUUCACCUCUCUAACUGCCGUCUUUGGCGCUUGUACGGGACAAGCGACGUAUGAGGUCACUUUCCAGACUCUCUGGACGGCGUCUAGUCAUCCUAAAGAUUACCCGUCUACAGCACAUUGGUCUGGUCUUGUAGGAGGGAGUCACAACAGCAGCUAUCAAAUGUGGGUUGCUGGAGGACAAUCUACACCUGGAAUGAAGAGUAUGGCGGAAUUUGGAGGAAAAUCAACUUUGAACAAUGAAAUGAGAGCUCAAGGAAGUAAUGUUCUGGACACUCUGUCUUUCACUGUUAUAUCUGCUGGUACUGGCACUCGUAAAGGGAGUCUAGAUGUUGAUGGCAGCCAUUCACUUGUUUCUCUUGUCAGUAUGGUUGCUCCCAGUCCUGACUGGUUUGUAGGCGUUCAUGAUCUUGAUCUGUGUAAUGGAACGACGUGGACACAGACGAUGACUGUUGACUUGUUUCCUUAUGAUGCAGGAACUGACAGUGGACUGAAAUUCACAUCGGCCGACUCCGCAACAAACCCCCAGGAGCCGAUCUAUCGUCUGACAGGAACAGAUCCAAACAAUACGCAAAGCUCAUUCUAUGGAUAUGAUCCAGUAUCGAGAAUGGCAACUCUAGGAUUUGUUCUAAGAUCUCCAACACCAACACAACAAGUUGUUCCAGUGAACACAUCAACUGCAAGCAUUCCAUCAAACACACCAUCAAGCUCACCGACUCCUCGCACUCGAUGUCCUGGAACUCAAACAUAUAAUGUGAAGUUUACGACGCUGUGGACAGCACAGACAUACCCAAAAGACUAUCCUGGUGAUGCUCAUUGGUCUGGAUUAGUGGGUGGAAGUCACAACAGCCGCUACGUCAUGUGGAUGCCAGGUAGCAAGGCGACACGAGGGAUCGAGGUUAUGGCUGAGACAGGAAACCAAUCUCCCCUGUUGAGUGAAAUGAGAGCACAGGGAAGCAACAUUCUUGAAACUGUAGCUCUCAAUGGCAUUGGAAGUGGGACUGGAAAUCGAAGCACGAAUUUAGGUCUUAAUGGUGACCACUCACAAGUGUCUCUAGUCAGCAUGAUUGCUCCUAGUCCUGACUGGUUUGUUGGAAUUCAUAGUGUAGACAUGUGUAACACAGCUACGUUUGAAUGGAGAGACGGAGACACUAUCGACUUAUUUCCUUACGAUGCAGGUACUGACGAUGGACUGAAGUUUGACUCAAGCAAUGACGACACAAAUCCAAAAGGUGACAUCACCCGUUUGACUGGAUCGAUGCCCAAUAAUGCUCAGAGUUCAUUCUAUGGAUAUCAACAACUGCAACCGAUUGCUCAAAUGAAGCUGACCAAAGGAGCCGGAGUAGAAUCAGGAAGUAGUCGUGUUAUGGCAGGAAUCAUGACCAUCACAUCUGCAUGUUUGUUGUUGUUUGUUUUAGUGUGGACAAGGACAUAUGCUGUCACUUUCCAGACUAUCUGGACGUCGAAUAGUCAUCCUAAAGAUUAUCCGUCUAGUGCACAUUGGUCUGGUCUGGUAGGAGGGAGUCACAACAGCAAAUAUCAAAUGUGGGUUGCUGGAGGACAAUCUACACCUGGAAUGAAGAGUAUGGCGGAAUUUGGAGUACAAUCAACUUCGCUUAGAGAAAUGAGAGCUCAAGGAAGUAAUGUUCUGGUCACUGAGGCUUUGUCUAGUAUAUAUCCUGGUACUGGCACUCAUAAAGGGAGUCUAGAUGUUGAUGACAGCCAUUCACUUGUUUCUCUUGUCAGUAUGGUUGCUCCAAGUCCUGACUGGUUUGUAGGCGUUCAUGAUCUUGAUCUGUGUAAUGGAACGACGUGGACACAGUCGAUGACUGUUAACUUGUUUCCUUAUGAUGCAGGAACUGACAGUGGACUGAAAUUUGCAUCGACGAACUUUGCAACAAACCCCCAGGAGUCGAUCUAUUAUCUGACAGGAACAAAUCCAAACCAUGGGCAAAGCUCAUUCUAUGGAUAUAAUCCAGUACCGAGAAUGUCAACUCUAAGAUUCGUUCAGUGAAGUGGUAUAGCGAGCAUGCGCUUUAGGUGUGACUGCGGUUUGCGUACGUGUUAUAUUAGUCUGGCGUAAACUUUUAGCGUUGAGUGCACUUGUGCAGUAGAGUACGUGUCGUUCACUGUAGCAGAAUAGAUUCUGGUAUAACCGGUCCACUGAGUCGGUAUACGCGA